AUGCCGACCAACACCCUCCCCAUUAACCUCUCCAACGUGCAUUCACGGCGUCACCUCUCCCUGGGCACGGACAGGACGGGCUUCACCUUCAAAUACAGGGAUGACCUCAAGCGGCACUACAACCUGAGUCAGUACUGGGUGGAGGUGGAGAUGGAAGACUUGGCCAGCUUCGAUGAAGAUCUCGCCGACUACCUGUACAAGCAGCCAGCGGAGCACCUGCAGCUGCUGGAAGAAGCAGCAAAAGAAGUUGCAGAUGAGGUCACCCGUCCUCGUCCUUCAGGGGAGGAAACUCUCCAAGACAUCCAGGUCAUGCUGCGGUCGGAUGCCAACGCAGCCAACAUCCGCAGCCUGAAGUCUGACCAGAUGUCCCACCUUGUGAAGAUCCCUGGGAUCGUCAUAGCGGCCACCCCUGUGAGAGCCAAAGCCACCAGAAUAGCCAUCCAGUGCCGCAGCUGCCGUAACACCAUCAGCAACAUCGCGGUGCGCCCAGGCCUGGAGGGUUACGCUCUCCCCAGGAAAUGCAACACCUGCUGGGCAUCGCUCGGCCGCCCAAAGUGCCCGCUGGACCCCUACUUCAUAAUGCCAGAUAAGUGCAAGUGUGUGGACUUCCAGGUCCUGAAGCUGCAGGAGUCCCCAGACGCGGUGCCGCACGGGGAGAUGCCUCGACACCUCCAGCUGUACUGCGACAGGUACCUGUGUGACAAAGUUGUCCCAGGGAACAGAGUCACUAUCAUGGGCAUCUACUCCAUCAAGAAGUCUGCCCAGAGCAAGAACAGAAGCCGUGACAACGUGGGUGUGGGCAUCCGAAGCGCUUAUAUCCGCGUGGUGGGCAUCCAGGUGGAUGUGGAGGGGUCAGGACACAGCUUUGCUGGCUCAGUGACCCCUCAAGAAGAGGAGGAACUUCGUCGCCUUGCUGCCAUGCCCAACAUCUAUGAGACAAUCGCCAAGAGCAUCGCGCCCUCCAUCUAUGGUAGCACCGACAUCAAGAAGGCCAUUGCCUGCCUCUUAUUUGGAGGUUCUCGCAAGAGGCUCCCAGAUGGGCUGACCCGCAGAGGAGACAUCAACUUACUGAUGCUGGGUGACCCCGGCACGGCCAAAUCCCAGCUGCUGAAGUUUGUUGAGAAGUGUUCGCCCAUUGGGGUGUACACCUCAGGGAAAGGCAGCAGCGCUGCCGGCUUGACGGCCUCCGUGAUCCGCGACCCUUCCUCCAGGAGGUUCUUCAUGGAGGGAGGAGCCAUGGUGCUGGCCGACGGCGGAGUGGUGUGCAUCGAUGAGUUCGACAAGAUGCGGGAGGAUGACCGCGUGGCCAUCCACGAGGCCAUGGAGCAGCAGACCAUCUCCAUUGCUAAGGCAGGAAUCACAACCACGCUCAACUCCCGCUGCUCAGUGCUGGCAGCGGCCAACUCAGUCUUCGGGCGCUGGGAUGAGACCAAGGGUGAGGAGAACAUUGAUUUUAUGCCCACCAUCCUGUCCCGAUUUGACAUGAUCUUCAUCGUCAAGGAUGAGCACAACGAGGAGCGAGACAUGACGCUGGCCAAGCACGUGAUGUCCUUACACGUGAGCGCCUUAACGCAGACCCAGGCCGUGGAGGGUGAGAUUGAGCUGAACAAGCUGAAGAAGCUCAUCUCCUUCUGUCGGACGAGGUGUGGUCCUCGGCUGUCGGCGGCGGCGGCAGAGAGUGUCAGGGGUCGAGGGGAAGGAGAAGACCCCUCGGAGCCACAGUAGAAAGCAGGGAACAUCUCCUUUGGCUGCAGGCAGCUGGAGGCCAUCGUGCGCAUUGCCGAGUCCCUGGCAAAGAUGAAGCUUCAGCCCUUCGCCACCGAGGCAGACGUUGAGGAGGCCUUGCGGCUCUUCCAGGUGUCCACGCUUGAUGCGGCCAUGUCAGGCAGCCUGUCAGGGGCAGAAGGCUUCACGACACAGGAGGACCAAGAGAUGCUGUCCCGCAUUGAGAAGCAGCUCAAGCGCCGCUUCGCCAUCGGCUCUCAGGUGUCGGAGCACAGCAUCGUGCAGGACUUCAUGCGGCAGAAAUACCCAGAACACGCCAUCUACAAGGUGCUUCAGCUGAUGAUGCGUCGGGGGGAGAUCCAGCACCGCAUGCAACGCAAGGUCCUCUACCGCAUCAAGUGA